AUUAUAAAAAACAAAAAUAUGUGAAUUUAUUUUAUUCAACGAAUCGACGUUGUGUAAAUGAGCCACGUGAACAAUUCGGAACAAUUCGGAGUUCUCUAUCCGGUGUAAUUUUUUUUUAUCGUCAUUAAUAAUUAUUUCAAGUAGAUUAUUUUAAAGUUACAUUAUUUAUACUGUUGUUGAUAAUAUUUGCAAGAUAAUUUUUUUAACAAUUAGAUAUUUUAAAAUAUAAAAAAAUUACGUAAAAAUUUUAUUAUUAAUUUUUGUUCCCUGUUCAAUUAACCUCAAAAUUAUUUUUGCACUAUGACCUGAUAUAAAUAUAUACAAACAUUCAUAUAUAAUUAAAAUCGUCAUGUUCUUUUUUUAUUAUUUUAUCACAAUGACACGUUAAUUAUUAUCUGUUUUAUAUUUUUGUUUAUCAUGUUUAAAUUACAACAAGAAAAAAACGUCAUAGUGUAUUAACAGUGAAAACAAAACAAAAAAAAAAGUAUAAUUUGACAUAAAGAUAGUGAUUAAAAUAUAAUAUUAAACAUCAGAAAAUCCAUAAUGAGCAACCUGUCAAAUAACCAAAUGAUAACAGUUGCAAUUGGUGCAACAAUUGGAGUUUUAAGUGCAGCUACUUUAUUUAUUUAUCAAAAAUAUAUGGAACAAAAAGAAAGAGAAAAUAUGAUGAAUAAUUUAGAAAAUGUCAACAAGAGAGUAACAGAUUUACAAUUAGAAUUAGAUGAUUUGAGAGCUCAACAGAAUAUAAAUAAAUCAAGAAAAUUAAAAAAUUCAAAUCGCAAAAGAAUAACAUCAGUAAGUAGUUUCCACACAUCAGCUGAGACAGACAACGAAAUUGAUGCUUUGUCUGUAACUGAGACUGAAAUUGAUGACGAGUUUUACGACUGUUCUGAUGACGAGAUAAGUUCUGCUGGAGACCUUGAAUUGAACGGGACACAAGGAGUAAUAAUGGAAUUAACAAGACAACUCGAAAUCUUGGAUGAAAAAUAUGAUAAUGAAUCAUUAUGUGAAGAAGUAUUGUGUGAUUUGAGAUCACUUGUAAUUUGCCAUGAUAAUAAUAUUGAAGUUGCAUGGAGACUUGCACGUGCAUGUUUUAAAAAUGCCAGUGAUUUAUCUGAUCAAGCAAAGAUAGAAGUUUUAGCACAAGAAGGUAUGAAAGCAUGUGAAAAAUUCCUUGAAGAACAACAUGCUGACCUUCAUAAAUAUUACGCACUUCUUGUUGGACUUCGUACUGAAUAUUUACCAAUUAAAGAAAAACUUGUUGGUGGUAAAUUAUUUGAAAAACAUGUACGUAUUGCACUUGACAUGCGACCUGAUGAUGCAACAUUAAAUUAUCUUCUUGGAAGAUUUCAAUUCAGUGUAUCUGGUUUAUCAUGGAUUGAAAAAAAAGUUUGUGAAACACUUUUUGGCGAAGCUCCAACUUCAACAUACCAAGAGGCAGUUUCAACUCUUGAAAAUGCUGAAAAAUAUUCUGAUAAACCAGAUAUUGAUAUUAAAUUUUAUCUUGGACAGUCUUAUAUUAAAAUUAAAUCAUACAAACAGGGUGUUGAUUUACUACGUGAAAUUGAAAAUAUUAAACCAUUAAAUACAAAACAAGAGACAAUGCAAAAAGAAGCUAAAACUCUUGCUUCUAAAAAUUCAAAGUAUUGUUGAUAAUUCUAAAUAUUUAUCUACAUUGAUUAAUCAAUAGCUAAAUUAAGCUCAAUUUACUCAGGUUUAAAUUUUUAUUCUUUUUUUUUUUUUUUUAUAAAAUUAACUUGUCUGUCUUGAAUUCGUGAAAGGAAUUUUUUAAUACUUGAAACAAAAUUUUUUUAAUCACCUCUGACAAUGUAUUAUGCUUUUAAAUUAUUAGAUGUUUUUUUUUUUUUUUAUGUGAGUAUAUAUAAAAUUGUAGGGUCCAAGUAAUUGUCAACGAAAAAAUAUAAAUAUUUAAAUUAGAAAUUAAUCAAUGAGCCUAAAAAUAUUAUUAAAUUCAAGGGAUUUUAAAGAAAAAAAUACAAUUUGAAGAAAAAAAAAUGUCUACAAUAAUAAGAAAAUAUAUUCAAAAAAUAUUUCAAACAAUUAGCAUGAAAAUUUCUAUAAAUAAUUAUCAUCAUAAAAAUUAUUACCAAUUGAUGAAAAAAUAUAAAAAUAAUUUAUUUCAACAAGUGAAUUAAUUUGAAAAUAACUUUAUAAUAUUUUUCGUCAAUUGCAUAAUAUUUAUUUAAUUUUUUAAAAUAUUGUUGUGGUGAUUAAUUUACCCCACUAACAAUAUUUUUAUUUUUUUCAUUUCGAUUUUACACUAAAUAAUAUUUUAACUGACUAAAAACACUUGAGUAUAAUAAUAGCUUCUAUUAUUCUCUCAGUGAAAAUAAUAAAACUAUAAUUUUAUUCAAUAAUUUAAAAUUAGUGUUGAUAUAUUUUCAUCGACACUAGCCAAUUUUUUUUUCUUCAAAUUAUUAAUUUUUUAAAUUACCACAUUCCUAUCUCAAUAUUAUAUUAAUGAUUUUUAUAAAUAAUCCAAAAAAAAAAAACCUGCUAGAUAAAUAAAGGCUUUUUAAUAUUGAAAUAUAGUUAAACUAAAAAUAAGUCAUUAUCAAUGCCAAGAAAAACUAGAUAAAUAAUAAAAGGUGCUGGAAUUAUAUAAGCAAAAUUUAAAUGAACAUUUAAAUAUUAUAACACAAAAAAAGAAAUAAAUAAAAAAAUAAAUUGUAAAUGAUUAGAUCAUAUUGAAUAAUAAAUAAAUACAUAGAACAUAUUAGCAUAAAUUAAAACUAUCAUUUGAUUAUCACCAUUAUUACAACAUCCCUCUGUAAAAAAUGAUAAUGAAAAAAAAAAAAAAAUUAAAAUCAUUUUUUUUUUCUUGUCAUUAGUAUUUGUGAUAACAAAUAAUAUGUGUGGUGAAUGUCAAAUACAUAUAUACAUAUAAUAUACAUGUGCAAAUAGCAAGAUCAAUAACGGUCCAACUCAGCAUCCGGGAUAUCUCGCGUGCCAUAAAUUGUCUGGAUGUGAGAGGUAGGAGAAACGCGACAGUAUAACACUUGGGUCAGAGGGCAUCAACAAAUAGGGUGUAGCAAUAGAGGGUGAAUAAUAAUAGUUUAACAAUAAAGCUAAAAUAAAAAAAAAAAAACAAAACCAAA